CUGCUCCUUUCUGGAGGGUGGACUGAGCAUACAGAGACGUGCUUAAAAGAAUUAACUUGCACGGUAAAAAAAAAAAAAAAAAAAAAAGAGGAAAAAGAAAGGAAAAACAUUUACUACUUAGGAAAGAAGAAGGAACAUUUCUUCUCGGCGUCUCUCUCUCUCGUAUGCGGGCAGCGACACUGAACACUUGAGCGGAGCUGACUGCUGGUGAGAUAACGGAGGAGCUGCCACGAAUAGAUACGGUAUCCACGAGCGGGGUCGGCCGGGAUAGGACCUCGUGUUCCUCUCUGGCAGUGGACUGCUACCUUUUUUCUCCCCCCCUCUCGUUUUACUCUCUGGGCUUCUAACUCUUCCGUUUUGGCUGUUCAAAUCACUGAGGUGGAUUUUCGGGGCUUGCUACAAAACUGAAGACGAGGACUAAACGGAGUGGUUCAGAGAAGACGGAGAGAAAUGCCAACAGCGGUGACAAAGAGGAGAUUCAGUGUUAGUCUUUGAUCCUGUCAGAGUGGGACGCGUCUAGCAGGGGACUGAGGAGGGAGCAGUGCCAACUUGGAACAUGGUGCCUAAUACUCACCUGGCAAUGCCCCUCUUGCCCAGAGGGGCGUUGCUGUUCCUGCUUCUACUCAACUGCAUGGGGAUCUCCUCUCUGGCAGACAGCUUGCCAAGUUUUGUCAAAUCCCCAGAGGACCAGACGGGCAUCUCAGGCGGAGUUGCGUCGUUUGUGUGCCAGGCCGCCGGGGAGCCCAAACCCCGAAUUACCUGGAUGAAGAAAGGCAAGAAAGUCAGCUCUCAACGCUUUGAGGUGAUUGAGUUUGAUGAUGGUUCGGGCUCCGUACUGCGGAUCCAGCCACUGCGCACACACAGAGACGAAGCCAUUUAUGAGUGCACAGCCACCAACAGUGCUGGCGAGAUCAACACCAGUGCCAAGCUUACAGUGCUUGAAGAGAACCAGAUCCCCCAUGGCUUCCCCGUCAUAGACAUGGGUCCCCAGCUGAAGGUGGUUGAACGGACCAGAACUGCCACCAUGCUGUGUGCUGCCAGUGGAAAUCCAGACCCAGAGAUCUCCUGGUUCAAGGACAUGCUUCCCGUGGACAUCAGCAGCAGCAACGGGCGCAUUAAACAGCUUCGCUCAGGAGCCCUACAAAUUGAGAACAGCGAGGAAUCAGACCAGGGGAAAUAUGAAUGUGUUGCCAUGAACAGUGCUGGGACCCGUUACUCCGCCCCUGCCAAUCUCUACGUACGAGUGCGAAGAGUCCCACCCAGAUUCUCCAUUCCACCCACCAACCAAGAGGUGAUGCCAGGCGGCAGCGUCAACCUGACAUGUGUGGCGGUGGGCUCGCCCAUGCCUUACGUCAAGUGGAUGAAGGGUGAGGUGGAGCUGACCAAGGAAGAAGAGAUGCCAAUGGGACGCAACGUGCUGGAGGUCACCAACAUCCGGGAGUCAGCCAACUUUACCUGUGUGGCCAUGUCCUCCCUGGGCAUGAUCCAAGCCACAGCCCAGGUCACUGUCAAAGCAUUGCCAAAGCCCCCUACCUCGCUCAUAGUGACUGAGACCACAGCAACCAGCGUGACUCUCACCUGGGACUCCGGGAACCCAGAACCUGUCUCCUACUACAUGAUUCAGUACAAAGCCAAGGCAUCAGACAAUGGCUUCCAGGAAGUGGAGGGUGUGGCCACCACCCGUUACAGCAUCGGUGGACUUAGCCCCUACUCUGAAUAUGAGUUUCGUGUCAUGGCUGUCAACAACAUUGGCCGCGGGCCACCUAGUGACCCUGUGGAGACACGCACUGGUGAACAGGCCCCCUCCUCACCACCUCUGCACGUCCAAGCACGCAUGCUGAGUGCCAGCACAAUGCUGGUCCAGUGGGAGCAACCCGAGGAACCUAACGGGCAAAUCAGGGGCUACCGGGUCUACUACAGCUCGGACCUAACGGCUCCACUCAGCGCCUGGCAGAAGCACAACACAGAUGACAGCAGUCUGACCACCAUCUCAGGCCUGACUCCUGAUAUCACCUACAGCCUCAGGGUGCUGGGGUUUACCUCAGUAGGCGAUGGGCCACCUUCUGACAUCCUGCAAGUCAAAACCCAGCAGGGAGUCCCUGCCCAGCCGUCCAGCUUUGAAGCUGAAGCCGAGUUGGAUACCCGCAUCGUGCUAACAUGGCUGUGGCCAGUACAGGACCCCAUCACUAAGUAUGAGCUGCAGUACUGGGAGGAUGGCUCAGACAACAAGCUCCAUGUGUCCUUCAACCCAGCGGGCUCAUAUGCUGUGGAUGGUCUGAAGCCUGACACUCUGUACCAUUUCUCGCUGGCAGCCCGUUCUGAGAUGGGUUUAGGCGUCUACACUCAGCCCAUAGAGGUUCGCACCGCCCAGUCCACCCCAUCUGCCCCCCCUCAGGAGGUACAUCUGGUCAGCCUCAGCUCCACUAGCCUCAAGGUGAGUUGGGUGGCACCGCCCGCCGCUAGUCGCCACGGCGCCAUUGUGCGCUACACAGUCAGCUACCAGGCCUUGACUGGAGAGGACACGGAGCGACAUGAUAUGGCGGGCAUCGGUGCAGAAGCUACCAGCUAUGUGCUGAACGGCCUGGAGAAGUGGACUGAGUAUCAGGUGUGGGUGAGGGCACACACUGACGUGGGCCCGGGCCCUGAGAGUGCCCCAGUGAGGAUGAGAACUAAAGAGGAUGUGCCGGGAGCACCUCCCAGGAAGCUAGAGGUUGAAGCCAUAAACUCAACAGCCAUUCGGGUUACCUGGAAGCCACCCCUGCAGGUGAAACAGCACGGCCAAAUCCGAGGAUACCAGGUCAUCUUCUCCCGGCUCGAAAACGGUGAACCACGAGGCCAGCCUAACAUCAUGGACGUGGCUUUGCCAGAGGCACAGGAGGCCAUCAUUAGUGGACUGCAUUCUGAAACCACCUACUCUGUUACUGUAGCAGCAUACACCACAAAAGGAGAUGGAGCACGUAGUAAAGCUAAAGUCAUCACCACCACUGGAGCAGUGCCAGGCAAGCCCACUAUGAUGAUCAGCACCACUAUGGGCAACACAGCGCUGAUCCAAUGGCAGCCGCCAAAGGAAAUGGUUGGUGAGUUGAUGGGCUACCAGCUGCAGUACAAGCGUACUGAUGACGACACUUUCAUUUCACGUGAGCUGGGGAAGAAUGAAGACCACUACACUGCCACUGGAUUGCAUAAAGGCGCCACCUACGUCUUCCGCCUUAGUGCUCGUAACCGAGCAGGUAUCGGUGAGGCCUACGUAAAAGAGAUCAACACCCCAGAAGAUGUGCCCUCAGGCUUCCCCUUGAACCUGCAAGUCACAGGACUGACCCAAUCCAGCACCCAGCUUACAUGGGAGCCCCCACUGCUGCCCGAAAGGAACGGCAAGAUCCAAUACUACAUGGUGGUGUACAGGGACAUCAACAGUCAACAGAACAGCACCAACCGCACUUCUGACAGGCACAUGACUAUCCAGGGCCUUAAUCCUGACACCACUUACGACAUCCGGGUGCAGGCCUUCACCAGCAAGGGUGGGGGACCCCUCAGCCCCAGCAUCCAGAGCAGGACCAUGUCAAAUGAUUUUCCCACCCUAAACUUCGGUGUCAAAGCUGUCAUGAAAACAUCUGUCCUCCUCACCUGGGAUUUGCCUCCAAACUACAAACCAGUAGUGCCUUUCAAGAUCUUGUAUAACCAGCAAAGCGUGGAGGUGCAAGGAAACCUGAAGAGGAAGCUGAUCACACAGCUGCAGCCAGACACAGACUACUCUUUUGUGCUGACAAGCAGGGGUAACAUAGCAGGAGGUCUGCAGCAGCAGGUGUCCAUCCGAACUGCCCCAGACCUGAUCCAGACCAGGCCCAUUUACACCACACAUCAGGCUCAAGGUGGUAAAAUGACCAUCAACUUGCCAAAGGUCCAGACCACCACACGUGUGAGGUGGUACUACAUCGUGGUGGUGCCGGUGUCCCAAUCAACGCGCCGGUGGAAGAAUCCAGACGAGAUGGACCUGGAUGAGCUGUUAAAGUCAAGUGAAGGCCCUGUCCUGAGGCGUCGACGUCACCUUGACACCUCCAAGCCUUACAUUGCCGCCAAGUUGGCUUCACUGCCGACCACUUUCAUCCUUGGCGAUGAGAAGACGUACAAUGGCUUCUACAACAAGCCCCUGACCAGUCAGCAAGAGUAUCUCUGUUUUGUCCUGGCCGUACUCAGAUAUGAAGGGACAGACGGCACUGCUAAUUAUAUGACAUUUUCAGCAAGUCCCUACUCAGACCUCAUCCAGGUCACCACACGUAUGUCUCAGGGGAUGGAGCAACCCGAAAUGUUGUGGGUCAUGGGCCCAGUGUUGGCUGUGGUCCUCAUCAUCAUCAUCGUCAUCGCCAUCCUGCUCUUUAAGAAGAAACGGGCAUCACCUCUACCUAAGGAUGAGCACUCUGGUGGGGUGAAAGACUCCCUGCUGGCUAACUCAUCCGACCCCGUGGAGAUGAGAAGACUCAACUACCAAACCCCAGGAAUGAGGGAGCACCCACCCAUUCCUGUCAUUGACCUGGCUGACCACAUAGAGCGACUGAAAGCCAAUGACGGCCUCCGCUUUUCCCAAGAGUAUGAGUCCAUUGAUCCAGGCCAGCAGUUUACCUGGGAGAACUCCAACAUGGAAGUCAACAAGCCAAAGAAUCGCUAUGCAAACGUCAUCGCCUACGACCACUCCAGAGUAGUCCUUACCUCUGUUGAUGCCGUUCCUGGCAGUGACUACAUCAACGCCAACUACAUCGAUGGUUACAGGAAGCAGAAUGCCUACAUCGCCACACAGGGGCCUCUGCCGGAGACAUUGAGCGACUUCUGGAGGAUGGUAUGGGAGCAAAGAUCCAGCACCAUCGUCAUGAUGACCAGACUGGAGGAGAAGUCACGGGUGAAGUGUGACCAGUACUGGCCAUCACGAGGAACAGAGACCUAUGGGAUGAUCCAGGUCACCAUGCUGGACACUGUGGAGUUGGCCACUUACAGCGUCCGUACAUUCGCCCUGUACAAGAACGGCUCCAGUGAGAAGAGAGAGGUGCGCCAGUUCCAGUUCAUGGCCUGGCCAGACCACGGGGUGCCAGAGUACCCAACCCCCAUCUUGGCUUUCUUAAGGCGGGUAAAGGCCUGCAAUCCUCCAGAUGCAGGACCUAUGGUGGUUCACUGCAGCGCUGGCGUGGGCAGGACUGGCUGCUUCAUUGUGAUCGAUGCCAUGCUGGAACGCAUGAAGCAUGAAAAAUCUGUAGACAUCUACGGACACGUGACGUGCAUGCGAGCCCAGAGGAAUUACAUGGUACAGACCGAGGACCAGUACAUCUUCAUUCACGAGGCCCUACUGGAGGCCGCCACCUGCGGUAACACCGAGGUGCCGGCACGCAACCUGUACGCCCACAUCCAGAAACUCACCCAGCCACCACCUGGCGAGACAGUCACCGCCAUGGAGCUGGAGUUCAAGAGACUGGCCAACUCCAAAGCCCACACUUCACGCUUCAUCAGCGCCAACUUGCCCUGCAACAAGUUCAAGAACCGUCUGGUCAACAUCAUGCCUUUUGAGUCCACUCGCGUCUGCCUGCAGCCCAUCCGUGGCGUCGAGGGCUCCGACUACAUCAAUGCCAGCUGCAUCGACGGCUACAGAACACAGAAGGCCUAUCUGGCCACACAGGGUCCACUGGCCGAGACUACUGAGGACUUCUGGAGGAUGCUGUGGGAGCACAACUCUACAAUUGUCGUCAUGCUCACCAAGCUACGAGAGAUGGGACGGGAGAAGUGCCAUCAGUACUGGCCAGCGGAGCGUUCAGCCAGGUACCAGUACUUUGUGGUGGAUCCAAUGGCUGAGUACAACAUGCCCCAGUACAUCCUCCGAGAGUUCAAAGUCACAGAUGCCAGGGAUGGCCAGUCCAGAACAAUCCGCCAAUUCCAGUUCACUGACUGGCCCGAGCAAGGUGUGCCAAAAACUGGAGAGGGCUUCAUUGAUUUUAUUGGACAAGUGCACAAAACCAAGGAACAGUUUGGACAGGAUGGACCAAUCACUGUACACUGCAGUGCCGGGGUGGGCAGGACAGGCGUCUUCAUCACCCUCAGCAUUGUGCUGGAGAGGAUGAGGUACGAGGGCGUGGUCGACCUCUUCCAGACUGUGAAGACACUUCGCACCCAGCGGCCUGCCAUGGUGCAGACCGAGGACCAGUACCAGUUGUGCUACAGGGCAGCAUUGGAGUACCUGGGGAGCUUUGACCACUAUGCAACGUAACCACUCCCACCGAGCAGCCUCCCUGGUCAAACCUCUCAGGAGUGUGCCAAGUGUCCCAUCUCAGCCACCAUCCACUCACUUGACCCCCUAAAACCCGACCCCCUCGCAGCUACCGGAGGGGAGGAGAAAAGGGACGCGCUUGCAGACCCGGCAACGGGUUCAACCAAUCACAGAGAUCCAUGCCGACUUAACCAACCACAUGAGAUUUUUGCUUUAAAUAUAAUAACAGAAACACUACAAUGACUAUGACAAAUAUGACAACUCUUGUACAGAUGCGACAGUGCAGACGGGCAGCUCGUCUCUCUGCUCUGUCGAAGCCAAACCUCCCUGAUUGUCAAAGGCUACUGGUAGCACUAAGAGAGCGUUCUCUCUGUUUUUUUGUUAAUUUUAUUGUCAAUAUUAUGAUUCAUUAUGUCAAAUGUUAUUGUUUAGUAUACUUUUUUUUUUGUUGAUUUUAAUAAUCAUUUUAACAUCAGAAAUUUAUUCUGUCUUAAACUGCCCGGCCUCGGACACGUAUUUUUUUCAUAAUCGAUACUUUUGUUUUUAUUUCUUUGUUUUUAUUUUAGGGUACUUUAGCACAAGGGACAUGUAUUUUUAACACGUUCCUAGGUACUAAUACAGGAGGACCAUUGUUCUCUGAGCUGCUGUCCGAUUUCUUUUAUCACAUUAUGUUCUUGUUUUAUUCAUAUGAUGUGUCAUAAACAUUUGGUCUGACUCAGUUCAACACAACGAAAAAAAAAUGCCUUUUCACUUGCCGUUUCCUAUAAAAAAGAAAAAUCAACUUUGAGAAAAUGAUUUCAGAGCACACAUUUGCUAAAGUUGUCCUUCUGUUAAACACGGUAGCUAGCUA